AUGCUCUACAUAAUUGGCCUUGGUCUCUGCGAUGAGCGUGACAUAACAAUAAGAGGACUUCAGGCUGUAAAGAAUUCAACGAGAGUCUAUCUGGAAGCCUAUACCAGCAUCUUGAUGGUACAAAAAGAACGAUUGGAAGCGUUCUACGAAAAAUCUCUCAUUCUCGCCGAUCGUGACUUGGUCGAAUCACAAAGUGAUGAGAUUUUACACAACGCUGACAAGGAGGAUGUGUCUCUGCUCGUGGUCGGCGAUCCUUUUGGGGCCACAACUCAUACGGAUAUUCUUCUCCGUGCUCGUGCCCUUAAUGUUCCAACCCGCGUAAUCCACAAUGCAUCAAUCAUGAAUGCCGUCGGGGCCUGUGGCCUACAGCUAUACAACUUCGGACAAACUGUCUCCCUCGUCUUUUUCACUGAGACGUGGAAACCAGACUCCUUCUAUGACCGUAUCAAAGAGAAUGCUGAUCUCGACCUUCAUACGCUCGUUCUGCUUGACAUCAAAGUCAAAGAACAAAGCGAGGAAAAUCUUGCUAGGGGCCGAAAAAUCUAUGAACCUCCCCGAUACAUGACAAUACCUCUUGCUGUUACCCAGCUUCUGGAGAUCGAAUCGAUGCGCCAGACGGGAGCCUUGUCUCCAGAUACGACGCUUGCCAUAGCUCUUUCCCGGGUAGGAGGAGGGGAUGAACAUCAGCGUAUUGUCGCAGGGACGCUAUCGGAAUUAGUAAAUCAUCCCUCGGAUGCAUUCGAAGUGGAAUAUGCCGAGACUUUUGCGGUAGACAAGGAGCGAUGGAGAGAGGUGGCCAGGACUAGUUAUGGUUGUGCAUUAGAAUAG